UGAACUCUGAAUCUGUGCUCAGCAGUCGACAGUCUUGUUUGCACUCUCGUGCUUUUCAUUCAGUCAGACGAGACUAAUAUAGUAGGAGCGUUGGAGAAGAUUCAGGUAUAGAGAACAAUAUAUUUCUGUCACCUCAUUACAAGGGCCUCUACUGAAGGAACAGGAAAGUGAAGGAUGAAGUGUUUGAGAUGCUGGCUGCCAGCAGUGGCCCUGCUGUUGCUUAGUGUGGCUGGAGUUAACAUGGAGCAUCUCCAAGCUGAAAACCUGAAUCUGCUUCCUCCACACGAGCAUAACUUGGUCCUGAACCGUGGAAUGAGAGUGCUGCCCAGAGACUGUCAUGAAAUGCUGAUGACCUCUUCAGGCCAGGCCAGAGAUGGAGUGUACCUGAUACAACCAGGUGACUCCCCCAUCGUAGCCUACUGUGCCAUGCAAGAAGGAGGAUGGACUGUUGUUCAGCAUAUCACUGUUAACAGCAGCGUGGAUUUUGAUCGUACCUGGGCUGAGUACAAGCAUGGCUUUGGGGAUGUCACUGGGGAUCACUGGCUCGGGAAUGAAUACCUUCAUCAGCUCACCUGUGGUCCUGGGCGCUAUAAACUAGGAGUAAAACUAGUGGACCCAGACGCCAUCACCAAGAUGGGGGAGUAUGAUCCCGUUCUAGUGGAGGAUGAAGCAUCAGCAUACAGGCUGAGGCUGGGCUUGUUCCAGGGCACAGCUUUGGAUGCUCUGACCCUGGACACAGAGAACUACCUGCAUGACAACCAGAAAUUCACCACUAAAGACAGAGACAACGACAACUACUUCCAAAACUGUGCCAAGCUGGAGUUUCAGGGGGUGCCUGGAGGAGGUUGGUGGUACGAUGCUUGUGCUGGUGCCAAUCUAAAUCGCAGGAACGUCAUCUAUUGGCAGAAGGACUGCAACAAGGAGCGACUGUGCAAGUAUGCAUGGAUGAUGGUGAGACCUACAGACACAGUCAAACUGAUUCAAAGCAGAGACUGCCAGAAGGAUGAGCUAUAAGGACACAUUUUUUGAGCAUUUGUGAUAAAUGUUAGAGGUUCAGCCUUUUUUUUACUUUUUUCUUUUUUUUUUUGUAGGAUAAUAAUUGUCUUUUUAACAAAGACUAAAACAAGUGACAUCAGUAAUUUUCUCUUUUUAGCUAUUAUGCUGGACAUUGAAUUCACCACAUUUUAUUCAGAAAUGCAUGGACAUGGACAAAUGCAUGGAUCACAAAAUACUGAAAAGAACAAACAAAAAAAAAGAUCAUCACAAACUUGAAACACAGUAUAAAAAAAUGCAUCACGGUUUUAGCUCUAGCUUUGUUUCCAACAUCAACCAUGUCAAUACAUGAAGCAAAGCAUCUCUGUCAUUCCCCAAAUUGCAAGUGCAGAUUACUGGGUUAUCACAGUUACAAAAAGGUGUUUCAUGACAUUUACCUUUUGACACAUGUAAAAUAUCUUUUGCAUGUCAUCUUCCAUCCAAUGAUUACAGAAAGGAAUAUUUCACAGACAAACUGCAUUUUUUUUUUUUUGCCACAGUACAUUACAAGUUUGCCAGAAAUACAAUGAAGAUAUGAUGAUAUGACAUUGAUUUAGCUACAGUAAUUCAGAGAAAACAAAUACUGUAUUUCAGUGCUCAAAGAAAAAGAAAAGAUCCUGAGGAUGAAGAGUAAUAAACAGGUUAUAAUAAACAUGUGCUCUUAAAUCCUCCA